GGAACGGCCGACCGUACCCGCGGUACGCGUAUUUACGUACGACGAUAAUUUUAUACUGCAAUAUCGUCUCGUUGCAUGCCGUCAUCAGCUAAGCGCUGAACGCGCGGUGACGUCUGAUAAUCGGCGCGCGCGGUCAGCGCGUACCGUCACGCGUCCGCCGGGCGUACGCCCCGUCGGUCGACCGACGGACUACACGGGGGCUAAACGGUGGCGUUCAGUUUGACGCCGACCGACCGGCCGGACCGUACGCGACUAAUUUCAAUUCGUCCGCAAUAUGUACGAUGCGUAUUUUACGCAACAAAACGGUUACAAUUUGAUUUUCAUUGUAUUACACUAAAUUGUACAAAACGCAAAACACUGAAAUGAACAAUAUCGACACCGAGCGCGUUAUUUCUGAGGUACGCAUCCGUCCGCCGCUGUGGGAUCUGUCCUGUGCGUUGUAUAAAGACCGCGAUGCCAAAAUAAAAGCUUGGCUUGAAGUUUGUCAAGCAAUAGCGCGAAAUUACGACAACGUCUCUGACAACGAGAAAAAAGUUAUAGGUAAGUGUGCGAGUACAGCGUCGUUUUAUUUUACGAGUUUAUUAAAGUUUAUUUAGAGUAAUAUCACAAAUACGUUAAUAUUAGACACAAUUAUUAGAUAGUAAUAUUAGAGUGGAAAGAUAUAUAGGUAUAUUACAUUAAAAUUAAAAAAUACUAUCAUCUUGUCACGGUACACUACUACCGGAGAAACGAAAUAGUUGGCAAAUUGAUCCCUUAUCACGGCGGUUCCCAAACUUUUUUAAUUCGAGGCUCCCUAAUAAUAAAACUAUUUUUUCACGCCUCCCGCAAGGAAUGUUUAAUAAAAUGGGUUCAUAAUUAUUCAAUAUUUAUUAGUUGACAUUACACUUAAUAUUAUAUUUUAUACAAAAUAAUUAAUGCGAAAAAUACGCAAAAUUGUUUUCCGUUUAUUAUUUUUUUUGAAAAUUAGGAAUUAACGUAGUUACUGCAACACGCAUUUCUAUUUCCACGUUGAGUCUGGACCGAUAUUUUGAUUUUAAUACGGCUACUGUUGAAAAUCCUGCUUCACACGAAUACGAGCAUUUGCACAAUAUGUGCGAAUGGUAUCAAUAUACUUAAUGCUUUGUUGCCAACUUCAGGAUAUUCAUAUUUAAUACUGUUCCAAAAUCCUAAAAGUGAAUAUGAAGAAAAUUGUAUUCGCAGUGAAGAAUCGGAUGGAUACGAUAAGAUAAUCGUUCCUAUAAAAUUGUUAUCGGACACAUAAUUGAUCUAAAAAUAGCUAUAUGUACAAAAUUCAAACCGCGCGCCGCGCCUCCCUUGUUUAAGUGUUUGCGCGACCUUUGGGUGGCGCGCCGCACAGUUUGGGAACCGCUGCCUUAUCAUUUCGCCUGAUCUAAUAAUAUUGCCGUUCACAUUGUGGUUAAGAUCUUGAAGCCCGACAACAGUUAGCGUGUCCUCUUCUCUGUAACCAUCCCGUUCCCUUAUGCAGUUAUACAAAACGCAACAAGCCUUUACGAAUGUUAUUGUUAGGACUGAGAAUUUAAUGCACUAAAAAACCUAAAAAAUGAAUUUAAAAUAACAAAAAAAUGCCAACAAUUUUAGUAUAAAAUGCACCUAAAAUGAUUUUUAAAUUUAAUUUUUAUAUUUAUAUUAAUAUUAGUAUAUUAUAUACAUAAAAAUGUAUUUACUUAAUAAAACAAAUUAUAAAAAGACGUCCUAGGAUAAUGGAGGACGAGUGCAGCCACUGUUAUAGGUAAUUUAAUAUAUACCUGUAAGCAACGAUAAACAUUACUUACGAAAAAACGAUUCUGAGCGGAGUUCAGUUCAUAAUGAUGCUUUAUCAACAGUCCUAGUUAUUGUAUUCGGCAAACGUGUAUUCAUUGGUCUAUGAAAUAUAUUGAAUUUAUUACUCAUUAUUCCAAAUGUAGACUAAAUAUAUCUCCUAGCACGAAUUAGUUUAUAGUUAAAUAUUAUUUUUAUUUUUUUUUUUGUCAGAUUACUUCGUGCGUAAGGUCUUAAAACUUUGUUCGAUAUACCGAAUGCAGAAUCGCCGAUUAUGGAAAUGGUUCUGUAGUAUUAGAUAGUGGUUUUUGUGGAGGUAAUAUUAUUUCUUCGUUAUUGAAUUUCGGAAAACAAUGGGCUUUUUUUAAAAAUAUUUUAGUCUGUAGCUGUUCCACGUGCACCUACUUAUAUAGGUGAAGCGAUAGUCUGAAUCGCACAUGCCCAAUAAAACAAUAGAAUAAUAUUUUGAUUAUUUGAAAGUAAACCACCGUUAUGUUCAGGACAGAUCCUUACGUCCUACAGUUAUCCUUACGCGCUUUCCGUCAAUACUAUACCAACGCAGUUAGGUAAGUUUGCUAUAUUCUUGAAACCGGCUGCGGUUUUAAGCCAUCCUUCCUGUGUAUUCGGCAACGAUAGACAUUCUUCAUGGAGUAACUCCUAAAUAUGUGUAUGCACACUUCAUUUAUGAUUCCAUCCAUAGUUGCCGUACCUAGACGGUAAACAAAAUACAAAUCAGUAUAUCUUUGUUCAGUCGCAAGGUAUAUGAAAAAAAAUUAUUAACAAAUUAAAUUAUUUUACAGAAAGACAUGUGCAACAGCGGUGGAAGACCGCGCGGGACGCUUACGUAAGGUGCAAAGCUAUAUUAAAGAACACUAAAUCUAGGUCUGGUGGUGGAAACAAAAAGAAAUAUGUAUAUUAUGACUGUAUGCAGUUUCUAGACAAAAAACAUCUAGUAAAUACUGAAGAUUCUAUUGUAGAAAGUCAGAACACAAUAAACAAAUCUCUAAUAAAUAUCGAACCAGCAACUAAUGACGACGUUCAAACUUCAGUUCUACCUUCAACGUCCGAAGGCUCCAACUCUUGUCAAACAUUACAAACUGCUGUUGUUGAACGUAACAUUUCGCAAGCAAGGCGAAAGAGAAUUCGCGAAGAAGAAAAAGAUUUUGAAAGAGAAAUGUUAAACAUGUUUAAAGAGAAUACAAAACUUAUGCAAAACGAUGACAUGUCAUUUUUUUGUUCGCUUUUGCCGGUUAUGAAAACUUUUUCUAAUCACCAAAAAUUACUUUUCCGUUCUGAAGUGCUAAAAAAAGCAAUCGAAAUUUCAAACGGUAAUAUCUCUAAUGAAGACCUCCAAGGAACAUCUCAUUCUUAUUAUUCGACGUCGGAAUCACAACUAUCAGAUAUAGCUACUUCAUACACAACAGAAUAAUCCGAAUUUCAAUCAAAAAUACUAAAACGAUUUAUAAUAACAUGCAUUUCUUUAAUUAUUAAUGUUCCUCUACAAAAUACAAAUAAAA